CUCCGGUCCUGGGCCAUGCACAUCCCAUGCCAGUUUGUGAUUUUUCCAGUCAGGAUGCUUUCUGUUGCUACUCUAUAAAAGCUGACAAGAUCUGCACUCUGCUGAGUGCACUCUCUGUUAUCUCUACUUCUUUCUUUAUAUUGAAUCAUAAAAAUCUUGUUUUAUCUCCUGAUCUGUAGUCUUUGUUAAUCUAGUCUCUGUUAAUCUCUACCCUCUUCAUGAAAAGUGUUACAUGACAAAAUAAAUUUUUUAACUAGACAGAGGAGAAAGACAGGGAACAUGGGGAUGAAAAAAGGGGAGUGGCAUCCGAAAAUCCAACCACGGAUGGUGCUGUUACAUGCUUAAAUACCUCUGUAUCUCUCUCUACACACACACACACGUAUGUAUAGAUAUUAAUUUGAAUGUAAAUAUUUGAAUGUAAUAUUUUAAAAUAAAAAUAAUAAAUUCAAAUGUAAUUAAUGAAUAAAGUCACAAGUGCAAACAAAAGCUCUAUUAGAACACAGAGUUCUGUGACCUCACGGUUUGUCAGUGUUCUGCCCUGCAGACUGAUCCAGAUGAUUCAGUUCAGACCUGCUUCUCCACACUGAAUGCUACAGAGAGAUUACCUGCACUAAACUACAAACAUUUAUCCCCAACAGGAAAACAACUACUCCAACUGAGUAAAACGAAAGAAAGAAAACCAAACACAAAAUACGUAAAACCAGGUCACCAGAGACCGGAAAACAACUACUCCAACUGAGUAAAACGAAAGAAAGAAAACCAAACACAAAAUACGUAAAACCAGGUCACCAGAGACCGAUUUCUGAUUCAAGUAACAUGGACAAAGAAGCAGAGAUCAUGGACAAAAUCUCCAGCUCUCCUGUGUUCUCUUUAAACUCAGAGACUGCUGAGAUUACCAACAUCCCUGUAUCAGGAACCAACCAUCAGACUGCUGAGGAUCUUGAUGAUCUGAUGCAUUGUGAUGAUGUUUUAGACAAAGAAGAGCUCACUUGCCCUUGCACCCAUCCCAUCAUCAGCGAGGACAGCAUAUCAACAUGUACCUCUGUUUGGUCUUCCAUGGACAAGGACAGCAUCUCGACAAAUUCCUCUUCUUGGUUUUACAUCAAUGAGAACGGCGGGAUGAAUGACUCUAAGAACAUGGAGACAGAGACAGAUGACUUUGAAGAAAACUGGACCACCGAGGAAGAAUCAACCUCAAGACUUUCAGUCAGGUCAGACGAGAGUGGGAGAUCUUCCUGUGCCAUCAUUGAGGCAAGCAAAAUGCUUGUCUCCCAUAUAAUUAAUGAGGCUGGCAAGAUACUGCAGUCCACUGAAACUGUCGAGACACUUCAGCAGUCCACUGAGGCUAUCAAGACGCAGCAGUGCACUGAGGCCGACAGGAUUCUGCAGUCCACUGAGGACGCCAAGACACUGCAGACCACUGAAGCUGGUCAGUUGCUUCAGCAGUCCACUGAGGACGCCAAGACACUGCAGACCACUGAAGCUGGCAAGUUGCUUCAGCAGUCCACUGAGGACGCCAAGACACUGCAGACCACUGAAGCUGGUCAGUUGCUUCAGCAGUCCACUGAGAACGCCAAGACACUGCAGACCACUGAAGCUGGUCAGUUGCUUCAGCAGUCCACUGAGGACGCCAAGACACUGCAGACCACUGAAGCUGGUCAGUUGCUUCAGCAGUCCACUGAGGACGCCAAGACACUGCAGACCACUGAAGCUGGUCAGACGGGAGCGAUGGCAUCAGGUCCUUGA